UCGCUCGGCGGAACACACCGAAUGUGUUCAUUCAGUGGAAGCCGCUUGCUGCGAAUUUUUGUGUGUGUGUGUGUUCGAGAACAUCGGCUUGGCACUAGUUUGGAUCAGUGUUGAACCUCCUACUCUCAGCAGUCAGCACCUCCAGUUGCAUCUGAGGCAACUCAUUCACCCUCCACCCCUCUGCACAGUGAAGGAAGGAGAGGGAGAGAGAGAGAGUGGGGGAGGGAGAAAGAAAGAGAAAGAGAGAGAGCGAGAGAGAGAUGCGGUAACUGCACAGAUCCUCCAGCACCUGUCCCUCUCGAUCGGCGGGACAGCAGUUUCCAGUCUAGAGGACUAUCUCGCCCAGGGCUGUCUCGUCGCCACAGACAGGGUGCUGCUGAAGGGGGGCGAACAUGACCGCUUUCCAGCUGGACUUUCUGCCCGAGAGCAUGGUGGAUAACUGUGGCCUGGCCUCCGACAGACUUAACGGCACAAAUAACAAGAUGAAUGGUGCAAUAGAUCACUCGGACCAGCCUGACCCAGACGCCAUUAAGAUGUUCGUCGGCCAGAUCCCACGAUCUUGGUCAGAAAAAGAGCUAAAGGAACUGUUUGAGCCGUACGGUACAGUCUACCAGAUCAACGUGCUACGAGAUCGCAGCCAAAACCCUCCACAGAGCAAAGGGUGUUGUUUUGUCACGUUUUACACGAGGAAAGCGGCUCUUGAGGCUCAGAAUGCGCUGCACAAUAUCAAGACCCUCCCCGCGAUGCAUCACCCUAUUCAGAUGAAACCUGCUGACAGUGAAAAAUCAAAUGCUGUGGAGGACCGAAAGUUGUUCAUCGGGAUGGUUUCAAAAAAAUGCAACGAGAACGACAUCAGAGUGAUGUUCUCGACGUUCGGGCAGAUAGAAGAAUGCAGAAUUCUCCGGGGACCAGACGGUUUGAGUCGAGGCUGUGCAUUUGUCACGUUUUCUACCAGGGCAAUGGCACAGAAUACAAUCAAAUCCAUGCACCAGUCUCAAACCAUGGAGGGCUGCUCGUCGCCAAUUGUGGUGAAGUUCGCCGACACUCAGAAGGACAAGGAGCAACGGCGCCUACAACAGCAGCUGGCUCAGCAGAUGCAGCAGCUUAACACCGCCACAUGGGGCAACCUCACUGGCCUGGGCGCCCUGGGACCACAGUACCUGUCUGUAAGUGGUCAUUGGGGAACCAAGAACAUUGGCGAGAUUGGAACAAAGGAACUUUUCGUACCUCAAAACAUGCACACACUCUUGCAGCAAGCAACCUCGACAAGUAACCUAGGCACCUUCAGUGGCAUUCAACAGAUGGCAGGUAUGAAUGCCUUGCAAUUACAGAACUUAGCCACGCUGGCAGCGGCAGCAGCGGCAGCACAGAACACGGCGACCACAAACGCCAACCCACUCUCCGCGGCCACCGGACUGGGUGCCCUCACAAGCCCAGUGCAAUGGGGCAGCAGCCAGCAGUCGAUGCCUGUAGCGGGAACGAAUAACUCUGGCACUGCGGCUGCCAUGAACUCACUGACAUCUCUGGGGACACUCCAAGGCCUCGCCGGAGCCACAGUUGGGUUAAAUAACAUUAAUGCACUGGCAGGUAUGGCGGCACUGAACGGAGGACUGGGAGCAGCAGGCUUGACAAACGGUUCUGCCGGCACCAUGGAUGCCCUGACCCAGGCCUACUCAGGAAUCCAGCAGUAUGCCGCUGCAGCACUGCCCACACUGUACAGCCAGAGCCUGCUGCAGCAACAGAGCGCCGCGGGCAGCCAGAAGGAAGGUCCAGAAGGUGCAAACCUGUUUAUUUACCAUCUUCCCCAAGAGUUUGGUGAUCAAGACAUCCUGCAAAUGUUUAUGCCCUUUGGGAACGUAGUGUCUGCUAAAGUCUUCAUUGAUAAACAGACCAAUCUUAGCAAGUGCUUUGGUUUUGUAAGUUACGACAACCCUGUCUCUGCGCAAGCCGCCAUCCAGGCCAUGAACGGUUUUCAGAUCGGAAUGAAGCGUUUGAAAGUUCAGCUGAAGCGAUCCAAGAACGACAGCAAGCCCUACUGAGUCUAGUGUGGGAGGUUAAUGCUGUUACUUUAGCUUUGUUAGGACAUCUUCAUGCUCGUUAAUCCAUCGUUUGCCUAGCAUGUCCCCGUGGCGCCAAAAAAAAAAAAGCUCAUCGUUCCGUCAUUGUUUCCGAUGUCUUUCUGACCUCACAUCACACUUGGUUUCCCACUUUGACCCCCCUCUGCCCAGUUUGACCUUGAGAUUUUUUGCAUGUGACCUCAUCCAGUCCUGACUUCAAAAAAAAAAGUUCAAUGUGAAAGCAAAAAGCCUAGCUGCGUUCGUGUUGAGACUGAAAAAUAAAAAAUAAACUUAUUUUAAGAAAGUUAAAGCAAGACAAAAAUAUAUAAGAGAGAGAGAGAGAGAGAGAGAUUUAAAAAAAAUAACCUGUGGCGAAAAUGUUUCUUUUUUUUUCAUGAAACAAACUUGAAAAUAUUAUACAGGGAACGACUUUCUGUCUGGUCACUUGAAAUAGCGAUAGCAAUAUGUGGCCAGAGUGCAGAAUAAAGGUUUCUCAAUGAAACAGACUACUUCUGAUUAGUUGGAGAAACUGGUCAGAUAUUAUCAAGAGCUCUGUAAUAGUUUUUACAUUUUUCAGGCAGUGUAAAGUUUUGAUAAGGGCCAUUUAAGUGGCCCACUUUCUCAUCAAUAUAUAUAGAAAUGAAAAAAACCACUUUUUUUGUAGACUGAUUUAAGAUAAUUAAAAAGAAGACCCAUGUUUGGGAAAAGACUACCUACCUGUGUCACCUUUUGCUGAACUGAUUCACACCUAGACAAUCUGUGGUAAAUGCACAUUAAAAAUGAACCUAUAUUUUAUACUGUUUAAGUGUAUUGGGAGAAGAAAAACAAAACAGUAAGUGUUAACUUUGUCACGUUGGUAAACUGUGUGGGUUAGGUUUUGGUGUCAUCGCGAUUUUUAACGUUACUAUAAGUGUUUCGUAACGCAGCGGAUUUUUUUUUUUUUUUUUGGCUGACUCGCAAAAGAUUUUUCUUUCCGGAUGGCCAAAAAAAAAUCUUAACUGGUCAGGUGAAAAGGAAAAAAAUAAAAACCCUCCAAUUCCAGGAUAAAAUAAUUGUGUGUUUUGCGUGUGAAACGUUUUGACGUCUGAUUUUAUUAUUUUUUUUUCACUGUGGGAUUAACAGUUUGACGUACUUUGUUCAGCAAGAUGUGAGAUUGGCUUUAUUUCUUUUUGGUAAAAGAUGAAAACUGCAAUUUAAACAGUGCCAAAUUCCAACAAUACUAAAAUAAUGAAAGGUACUUCCUGCCUCGCGCUUAAUUGUGUUCUUUGUGAUACGUAAUUUGAUAACAUGGGGUGUUUUGUUACUUAAGUGUUUUGUAAUAAUUCUCUCAUGUUUGAAAAAAAUUAAAGGACAAAAAAAAAAGAUUAAAACCGGAGAGAAAAAAAGUUUGUUAAAUUGUUAAAACUGUGGUCUUGUUGCUUGGGAUUGUUCAUUGUUUGUUAUUUCUCUGUAUAAGUGCCCAUAUUUCCCAACCUUGCCAUUCAUUGAGAUGCUGCAAAAGCAAACCUCAUAAAGCUUUUUUUUUCAUUUAGUUGUAAAAUUAAAAAAUAUAUAUUAAAAACAACACACACACACACACACACACACAAACAUUUUUAAAACACCCCAAGGCAGGAAUGUUUAGAACUGGUUAGAUUUUUUUUUAAAUAAUAAUAAUUAAGCAUUUUUAGCUGCCGCCUAUGACUUUCUAACCAUUUGCAAAAGCAUUUGUCAUUCUUCUGUGCAUGUAAUUGCUCUGUAAUAAUGCGUUAACCUUUAACGGGCCAAUAUUUCUCUGCAUUAAUUGCUGGGAGGGGAUCAAAUCAGUUCAAUUUCUAUCACCUUGGGGGGAUUAAUUUCUUGGCCUGGUCUGUUCUAACUUCAUUGUCCCCACUCUGGUCGCCUUCACCACCAACCCACCCAGCACAUUGUAUCUGUGUUUUUUUUUUAAAAUCUUUAAGUAAAAAAAAAAGUUUUUUAAAAAAAGUUGUAGCUUCAUUGCGUUUUUUUUUUGGAAAAAGAAAAAAACUGUCACACAAGGCAAGUGUUUGUGCUCCUGUGAUGUGAGAUCUGGUGUUUGUAGACUAUUAUCAUUUAGGAUUAAGAAUUAAAGGAAAAAAAAAAUUAUAUAGUUUUUAAGUAUUUGUUUGAGGAAAGCCAAAGUUAAUGCAAAAUGAGUGGGGAAUUCGCAAGCCCAUGUGAGUGUCGUUGUUCUUUUUAGUGCAUUGGAUUGACCGUUAUGUGCUGGAAAUUUUUUGUUUUGUUUUUUGCUUUGCUCAGAAAAAUGUCAACACGCCACACACACGCACUCAAAAAAAAAAAUAUAUAGUGGGCUUUCAUAUUUCUACAACUUGAUUGUAAUUAUGCAUUUUGUACCAGUGGAAAAUUUUUAUACUGGAAAUUAAAAAGCGGAUGUUCCUGCACCUUCUACGAGUGGGGCCCAGCGAUGAUUGAUUUUGAGACUGAUUUCUAGUUGGUGCAGAUAAACUGGUGACUCUUUAAUUUUAAGAAUUUACACAAAAAAAAACAAAAAAAUAUAUAUAUAUAUAACUUUGGCUUGCUUUCCUCAUUUCUUUGCAUAUGCUUAAAUGUCAAGAAUUUUUGUCAAACGAAAUGGGUAAGUUUCUCUUUAAUUAUGUAUUGUGCAGUUACAUAAGGUAUUACGGCUAGCAGUAGUCAAUCAGCUGCAGUUGGAUAACUGUAUUAGUUUUUUAAAAAAAAUUAGGAGUUUGCUUUUUGCUGUUGAAAUCCAAGUUUUUUCCUGAUUCUCUGUCUUCAUUGUGAACAUAAUUGUGGAAUAGUCGGACUUAUUUUUGUAACGUAUGUUAUUGUGUGAUGCAGUUUGCUUCUGUCUCAAAUAUUAAACCAUUUUUCCUAA